AUGUCUGGUUCCUCCAGCAUCACUGCUAUGAAGAAAGUGGUUCAACAGCUCCGGCUGGAGGCCAGACUCAACCACGUGAAGGUUUCCCAGGCAGCUGCAGAUUUGAAACAAUUCUGUCUGCAGAAUGCUCACCAUGACCCCCUGCUGACUGGAGUAUCUUCAAGUACCAAUCCUUUCAGACCCCAGAAAGUUUGUUCCUUUUUGUAGUAAAAUGAAUUUUGAAGGUGUUCUAAACCACUUUUCUUGAACCGGUGAAUAUUCAAAGAGAGCUAAAUCUGAAGCCUGUACAAAAAGCUUACCCUAUAACAUGUGCCAUACUAUACAAACUUCUGCUUUUGUCAGUCCUUAACAUCUACCUCUCUGAAUUUUCAUGAAUUUCUAUUUCCCAAGAAUGAUUAUUUUAUAUACACUGGCAGCAGCAUACAAAUAAAAUACUUAGUAUAAAAAAGUAAAAAAAAA